AUGGAAAAUAGUUUGAAUAUUCAUAUACAUUUUGGAGGAGGAGCGGAGUUACUGUUUGAUAAAAUUAAGAAACAUGUCGUAGAGUUACCGGCGGCGAGGAAAUAUUUUCCUGAUACUGAUAUUGAGAAAUGGAGGAUAAAGGAACUUUUACAAUGGAUAAAAGACAAUUUAUUGAAGGAAAGACCCGAACUAUUUCUACAGGGUGAUUCAGUUCGUCCUGGUAUACUUGUGUUGAUCAACGAUGCUGACUGGGAACUAUUCGGUGAAUUGGAAUAUGAAUUACAGAACAACGACGAGAUCACAUUCAUAUCAACAUUACACGGAGGAUGA